ACAAUUCAAAACCCAUUUACUUGACCAUGCGCAUUUACCACCCGUUGACCCUCGCUGCCUUGUGCGUCGUCUUGCACGAGUCGCUUGGCGCCCAGCACGCGAAUGCUCUGGCGCACCCCGAGCACCGCAACGUUGCGCAGCCCAUCAGCUCAAUGAAGCGCCACCUCCGCGGUGAUCGUCGCCACCUCGACCAUAACGUGGCGGCAGAUGAAAUCCGCAUCCCGGAUGAGGCCCUCAUCGGCGCCACCUCGGACGAUGCGGUGGGUGCCGACAACAACAACGAGAUUGAUGGCAACGAUGCCUUCGACUCCAAAGUCGAAG